GAAGCUGCUCAUCACGGCUGUGGGCCGGCGACCCAGACUGCGCGAGCAGCUCGUCGGUCGCUUCGUGCGUGAAGACGUGAUCCAUCGCGGCCGUGGGCACGAACUGAUUGUCCACUGUUUCACCAACAUGGAUUACGAGGCAUCCAAGUUCCUGAUCAGGCACGCCCUGUGCACCAUCGGAUACAUGCUGGAUUCGGCGUCCGGGUUGGCGCGCCUGGCUACAUGCUUCCGGCACGCGAGACCCGAGGAGCGCUGGCGUUUCCAGGGUAUCGUCGUUAAAUACGCCGUAGAAAUGGCCAUGGAACGACACAGCAACUACUUUGUGCAGCUCGUCCUCGACCAUGGCGACAUUCAGUUCAGGUGCGGCCUCGUGUACAAGCUCAUGAUGCAGUUCGCCAGCCUUUCCCUCCACCCGCACGGGAACUACCUCGUGCAGCACUGCGUCCGGAACAGAAGGACUGGUUCGCCACAGCACGAUCUGCUGCCCAUCGUGCUCAGUGCUUGUAAUCGCCAGAGCAUAAGAGAACUCCAAGGGCUGGUGCAGACCCCCCCUGCCACCUUCGUCCUCCACACGCUGCUCCAGACAGGCGAAGCUGUAACUCACUCCCGGGAGUUGACGCAGAACCUGGAGCGGAAAAUCAACGACCUCCUCUGGCGUGCCCGGAGAUACCGUCGCUGAUGGUGAUGAGCUGCGUAAGAGGGUGCGAUGGUAAUGGGCGCCGUCGUCUUAGGUUCGCCCCAUCAGAUUACCUUACGAUCAUGUGCUCUGUUGCCUGCAUUUUUUUUCCCGAUAGGCCGCUAGAUGCAUGAUAACUGUCUUUCGCGCGUAUCCACUGUUGUCGAUCUGGAACCAGCUCUCUCGGAUGGUUACCGUGCAUGUAUGUACCUGAUGCGAUAUGCAUGUUGCUGGAACUUGGUCUUAUCUAGCCUGACUGAGGAUGUUCCUCUUCCCUCUUUGAUGUGAAUCUAGUGUGUGU